AUGAUUUACGAAAAAAGCCGCAUUCAAUCAAAUAUUUUUAUUUUUAGGAAAUAUGCACAAAUAAUAUGUUUUAUGUUGAUUGUUAUUAUGAAUUUAAGUGCAUGGAUUGAUUUGGAAGGUGUAUUUGUUGAAUUAACAAUAAUGAUUUCAUUUAUACCUGAAGGUUGGACAAUACCAUCAGUAGUAGGUUUAUGUCUUUGUGCCGCGAAUAUCAUGCCUGCAAUAGUCACAUUUUUACGUUGGUAUCAAGGAAAACGAUUUUCUGAGAUUCCAUAUAUUUAUAUCAUUAUUAUUAUUGGUAUUGUUUCAUGUUGUGUCUUGGCUUUUUCCUGGCAUAAAACUACUUAUUUAUUUGGUCGUGAACGAAGUUUAUGGUUGAUUGGAUCCGUUUUUCUUCUAUGCAUGCUUGAUAGUACAUCAUCUCUUGUCUUUUUUGAUUAUAUGAAACGAUUUCGGAUUCGAUAUUUGACGGCAGUAUUUUUAGGUGAAGGACUUACAGGUGUCAUUCCUACAUUAUUGUUAUUAGCACAAGGCAGUGGAGGUGAAGCGAUUUGCUUACAAAGUAGUAAUGGUACUACAUUAGAACCUACUUUUACUCAACCACGUUUUAGUGUUACUGUUUAUAUGCUUCUUAUUACAAGUAUUAUCAUUGCAUCACUUAUUGCAUUUCUUCUACUACGUUGGACAAAUAUAGUUUCAUUGGCUGAUGCUGCAGAGCUGACGAAACUCAAUGACAAUACACUUAAAACAACUAUAGAUAAUGGUGAAAAUUCUCCUAUGGUUCCUGCAGUCGAAUCAUUUAAACCAUCAAAACCUGUCAAACAUAUAGCUACUAGCUCAUUUAUUAUGCUUCUAUGCAUUAACACAUAUAACUCAUUCGUAUUAUAUGGUAUUUUGCCUUCCUUAACUACAUAUAGUUUAUUACCUUAUGGCCAAAAAGUAUUUUACUAUUUUUGUUUACUCAAUCCUCUGUCGUAUUCCCUUGCAUUAUUGAUCAGUGUAAAAUGGUCAACUUUAUCGGUUUGUAUGACUACCAUAGGAACAAUAAUUGGAUCUAUUUUCGCUGUUUUCAUUAUAAUAAUUGCUACACAAAGUCCAUGUCCAUGGUGGGCUGAUACAUUACAUGGAGCUUUGAUUAUGUUAUGUAUUUGGUUUGUAAUGACUGUGAUCAUUGCUUAUCUACGAAUUACAACAGGUAAUUUUAUUAAAGCUGAAUGGUCAGAAGAAAAAGGUAUGUUUUACUUUGGUAUAACUGUCCAGUUAGGAUUAUUUUUGGGUGCAGUUCCUAUGUAUCUAUUGGUCAAUGUUUUUAAUAUGUUCAUAGAUCGAAAACCUUGUGAAGUUUAUUGUGUAACAUGA